CUGAGCGCGGUUUCCAGUCGCUGAGGUGCAGCUUUGUGCUUGAUUGAGUGGGCCUGUUGGCGUAGCCUUACCGCUGCAUGUUCCUGAGCCUUAAGAGUAGUUUUUGUCCACGUUUGUUUGAAACGGUGCAAAAGCAGAACGGGGUGGCGGACCGACCCGUGAGGCAUUCCCCCUUUGAGUUUGUUUAUACAGCAUUGUCAGCGCUGAAGAGGGAAACCACAGUAUCUUAAAAUGUCGGAUACGUGGAGUAACAUUCAAGCGCACAAAAAGCAACUGGAUUCUCUGCGGGAGAGGCUGCAGAGACGGAGGAAAGACCCCACGCAGCUGGGAAUAGACCUGUCGAAUCCUGACCUUGGCCAAGCCCGCAGUGACAGCCCGGGUCCUGUGACUCGGCCCGGUCAGGAGAGGGAGAGCCAGCAGGAUGUGCGUAUCGACCCGGUUCUGGAGAGGACACUGCUGCUGUACCUGAGUGACAUUGGACUGGCUCUGCCCAUUGACUCCCUCGCCAUAACCAGCGCGCUGUCCACCCCUGAAAACCCAGUGGAGCAAGCAUGCGUGGAGAGCCUCCUUCUCAAAUUCGCAGCCCAGGAGCUCAUUGAGGUGCGACCCCUGACCUCCGACCCCAGCCGCCCACCGCCCCCCACCCUAGUGACCAGCGCUGACCACCCGAAGCUCUGGGCCAUGCGGGGAGCGGUCACUUCAAAUACAGCCAGCCUGGGCGAACUCAACACAGCAGUACACGCCCAGCCAGCCAGGGGCGGGGUCAAACGCAAGGGGGCAGACUUAGAAUCCAGCCCGGCUCCCUCCAGCUCCGCCGCCAGUUACGCUAGCCCCGCCCCCUCCUCUUCGAUGUCCUCUUCGAGUAUGUCUCAGAUAGCCAGUGCUUCUGGCUUGCCACCCAUCUCCUCCAUCUCCUUCUCCCCCUCUCCCUCCCUCUCCCUGUCCCCCUCCCUUUCGUCUCUCGCCUCCUCGGGGGAUAAGAAGGGCCAGGGGGCCCCAGGGGACCCUCCUGCCCUGAAGAAGUCGCGGGGGGGCAAAGUGCAGGCCUCCGAUUUACACUGGGAGAUCGAGAAUUUAUUGAGUCAGCAGUCUACCAAGGAACAGCAGAGCAAAAAGGUGAGCCGGGAGAUCCUGGAGCUGCUGAACACCAGCACGGCGAAGGAGCAGAGCAUCGUGGAGAAGUUCAGGUCACGGGGCCGCGCCCAGGUGCAGGAGUUCUGUGACCAAGGGACCAAGGAGGAGUGUGUUCGAGCCUGCGAGGGAGGGCCACCCUGCAGGAAACUGCACUUCAGGCGCAUUAUAAACAAGCACACUGAUGAGAGUCUGGGUGACUGCUCUUUCCUGAACACCUGCUUCCACAUGGACACUUGCAAGUACGUGCACUACGAGAUCGACUGCCCCCCAGAUGCGGAGGAGGGGGAGCUGGAGGGGGCGCAGAGCAGCGGGGCGCAGCUGGGGCUAGCGGCCGGGGUCACUGACCCCAACGUGGGCAAGCUGUUCCCCUCGCAGUGGAUCUGUUGUGAUAUCCGCUACCUGGAUGCCUCAAUCCUGGGGAAGUUUGCGGUUGUCAUGGCGGACCCCCCCUGGGAUAUCCACAUGGAGCUUCCCUACGGGACCCUGACUGACGAUGAGAUGAGGAAGCUGCACAUCCCCAUGCUGCAGGACGAUGGCUUCCUGUUCUUGUGGGUCACCGGCAGAGCGAUGGAACUCGGGAGAGAGUGUCUGAAACUCUGGGGUUACGAGCGAGCUGACGAGAUCAUUUGGGUGAAGACAAACCAGUUGCAGAGAAUCAUUCGUACUGGGAGAACUGGGCACUGGCUGAACCACGGCAAGGAGCACUGCCUGGUUGGUGUUAAAGGCAGCCCGCAGGGGUUCAAUCGAGGGCUGGAUUGCGAUGUCAUUGUGGCAGAGGUUCGUUCUACGAGUCACAAGCCUGAUGAGAUCUACGGGAUGAUUGAGCGCUUGUCUCCAGGGACCCGGAAGAUUGAGCUUUUUGGGAGACCUCACAACGUGCAGCCCAACUGGGUGACCCUUGGGAACCAGCUCGAUGGGAUUCACCUCCUUGACCCCGACGUGGUGUCCCGGUUUAAAAAGCGCUAUCCUGAUGGCGUCAUUUCCAAACCCAAGAACAUGUAGAACCCCGAAAUACAGCGACGGACUGAAACGUGUCCCCAUACUGAGGUUAUCGUUGAAAGGGCUGUUAGGAGUUUACAGUGAUUGUAACAAAGUCAAAGUGUUUUCCACUUCCAUUCACUAUACAGCUUGUGCAGAAGAUGUUAUAGCUGGUGUUUUCAUUCACUAAAUUCAAUCUUUUUCGUAUUCUUAGGAUAUCUCUUAUCCUUGCACUUCCUGGGCCUCCCCAGCAGGGUCUUCUGGGUCACUGGCUGAAAGCAUGUCAG